AUGGACAACAGUCCACACACUGAAGGUCGCGCACGCAAGAAAAGCGUUAGCGGCGAAAAGUACAUGGUUGUUUGGGACAAUUGUAAGAGUAAUGAAUCACCAACUACUUUUCUGCAUGUCGAAGAAUUGUCUGAUCCUGAUAAAGCUUAUAAAAUAUUUUUAAAAAAUCAUACUUGUUAUGAUCUAAUACCAUUGAGUGCCAAAUUAAUCGUAUUCGAUGUCACAUUAAAUGUAAAGAAAGCAUUUUUCGCUUUAGUUUACAAUGGUGUACGUGUAGCUAUAUUGUGGGAUUCCACUGAACAGAAACAUAUUGGCAUGUUAACUAUUACAGAUUUCAUACAUAUAUUACAUCGGUACUAUCGUUCACCAGAUCAACCAAUGACUGAGUUAGAAAAACAUCAAAUUAAAACAUGGAGAGAACAAUUAACAGAAUAUCAACGUUCAUUAAUUUACAUCACACCUGAAAGUACUUUAUUAGAUGCUGUACGUAUGUUACUCAAGCAUAAAGUACAUCGUCUCCCUGUAAUUGAUCCAAUCAGUGGGAAUCCAUUGCAUAUAUUAACACAUAAACGUGUACUGAAAUAUUUGCAUAUUCAUCUAUCUGAACUUCCCUAUCCUUCAUUUAUGUCAAAGAAACUAUGUGAUGUCAAUGUUGGCUCAAUGACAAAUGUAUGUGUGGUUAAUCAAAAUUGUCCUGUUCAUAAAGCUUUACAAUAUUUCAUUGAAUAUGGUGUUUCAGCGUUGCCUGUUGUUGAUCAAGAUGGUCAAUUAGUUGAUAUUUAUGCAAAAUUUGAUGUAAUUAAUUUGGCAGCUACACGAACUUAUCAAAAUUUGGAUAUUAGCGUAUAUGAAGCUUUGGAUUAUCGACGUGGAAAAUUUCAAGGUGUUGCAACAUGUCAGUUAGAUGAUACUUUGGAAGUGAUUGUGAAUAGAAUUGUCGAUGCUGGUGUACAUCGUUUAGUAGUUGUCAAUGAUAAUAAAGUAUUAGGUAUUGUUUCAUUAUCGGAUAUUCUACGCUUUUUAAUUGCUGAACCAACUGUACAAAAGAUCAUUUCAAAUUAAAUUAACAUUGAAGUUGGAUUUCGUUUCAUUAUUUUUUUUUUUUGACUUAGUUCUUCUUAUUCACUUCUUACAAUGUAGACUCACAAUGUAGAAUAGUGUUGUUCAUCUUAUAAUCUUUUUUUGUUUCUAUGUGAAACCCAUCCCCCCCUACACACGUCUACAUUUGUCGGUACAGCAACAUGUUCCCCUUUUUGUCAAUUUGUUUUGAUCAUCGGUUUUGUUUUUCAGUUUACAUGUAAUUUUCAAAUCUAAUCAUUCAAUAGAAGAGUAGUUGUCUAAUGUGUUGAUUAACCGAGUUAUGUUUGGUUCCUUGAUGUUGGCUUAUUUUUUUUUGGAGGGGGAGAACCCUAUCAUCUCAACAUAUAUAUUAUGUAUGUACACAUAUGAGUUACUGAUGUUUUUGCAUUUGUAAUGAGGAUGUGUAUGCAUGUGGUGUAAGUGUUUUUUUUUAGCAUGCACAACCUCUUUGAUUACUUUUUCUUUCUCCUGGUUUCAACCUAUACUUCCUCGAUUUCAAUUGCGGCAAAUUUGUUUUCAUUCAUUGUAAAUUAUACGUAACUUCAAUUUUUGUCUUCCA